CAGGUCAGAGAAAUGUCUUCAGAACAGGCAUUUUCAGGUAAAGACCAAACACACCAACACAAGCGUGUGUCUGUUAAAUCUAACCCUGGAUUCCUGGAGCGACUAAGUGAAACAGCAGGAGGAACAGUUUUUGGUAUCGGACUGUUUUUCCUCUCAAUUUAUGUUCUCUUUACCAAUGAGGGACGAGCUCUGCAAACAGCAUCUUCCCUGGAUGAAGGUCUUUCUCAGGUUGUAUCAUUGGGGCCUUACGUGAGCCUUGACCUGCAGAACAACAACCGUCUAGUUCACCUGACCGCACAGUUGCACACUUCACAGCCCCUGCAUGACCCCAACUACAGAGUGGUGGUGCAGGCAGUGAAGUUGAAGAGGGAGGUGGAGAUGUAUCAGUGGGUGGAGUACCAGGAAAGCAGGGACUACCAAGAGAACGGUGAAACCAAAACUGAGACGACUUACAGCUACAACACUGAGUGGAAAUCAGAGUUGGUCAACAGUCGUAAUUUUGAUAAGGAAAUUGGCCACCAGAACCCAAGUGCCAUGGCGGUUGAGAGUGUGACAGUAGUGGCUCCAGAAGUUAGAGUUGGGCCUUUCAUUCUGUCUAAAGGCCUGGUGGAGCAGAUAAAUAACUUCCAGACACUGAGUUUGAGGGACUUUUCUGUCUUAAACGUGGACCCUUUUCUCACCAUUCAUGACGACUAUUUCUAUCACACUCAGUACCCACGCAAGCCGGAGGUUGGGGAUGUGCGUGUGAGAUUCUCCUACGCUGGACUGAGCGGUGAGACGUCUCGACUCGGCCCUGCUCAAACUGUCAGUAUUGUGGCCAUGCAGAGAGGGGAUCAGCUGAUGCCUUUUAAAACAAAGUCAGGAGACACUCUGGAGAUCCUGUACCUGGAGGAGCUCUCUGCAGAGGAGGUUUUUGCGAGGGAGCACCAGUACAACAGUAUGAAGACAUGGGGACUCAGAGCUGCAGGAUGGGUCCUCAUGUUCCUCAGUAUUCAGCUGACCAUGCGCAUCAUCUACACACUGGUGGAUUGGGUUCCUAUUCUCAGAGACCUGGUGUCCGUGGGGCUGAAGAUCUUUGCCUUGUGCGUCUCGUGUUCUCUGUCUCUUCUCACCAUCGCUGUCGGUUGGCUUUUUUACCGACCAUUAGUGGCAGUGGCUCUGGGAGCACUAGGUCUGCUUCCGGUGCUUCUUGCCCGCUCAGGACUUCCAGCCAAGAAGAACGAGUGACUAUUGAAGUGAUGAUAGUCACAACAGUUUCCGAUGCCAGGCCGUAGCCAUCAUCAAAGGUGUGAGACAGUAUUGUGCAGCUUGUUUUUCCACAGCAGGGUUGCAACCUGCAUAGGACUUGCUUUCUUGGGUGAAACAUGGAUUUAAUCCACCGUUCAUCAGCGUUUCAGUGGAUUUUAACAUUUGACAAUAUUUUACAGUGCUCAUCAGUUUCUCACCCUGAUAAUAUAUUGAAGUACAAAAAGAAAUCACCUCCACUGCACUGCUGGUGUUGACGUGUCAAACACAAAUGGAAGCAGUUCGUUGUUGCCUUUAGACCUGUUGUUAUAAUAUGUGGCCUUCCAAAAGUUCAAUCACCCAUGCAAAUCCUCAGUGUUCUCACUUGAUAUGCUUCUGCUCAGUGAGCAACAUAAAAUCACUUUAGUGUCAUUUUUACUGUAAAUAUAACUCACCAAAGACUUUGUUGCUCACUUCAUACUUGAGGGAAAAUUGUGUUUGCAAUUUCAGUGUAAUACAUUGUGUAUCUCAUAGGGAAAUUGUACCAAAGUUGAAAAUCUAAUGACUUGAAUAAAAUGCACAUAUUUAGGAAAAGUGAUGAAUGUUAAUGCUUUUUCCAGCCUUGACAAAAAAAAAAAAAAAAAAGCAACACAAGUCCUGGUCAGAUUUUGUUCUGUUUGUAUGCAGUGUAUGUAAAAUAAAGCACUUAUUGUCCAUUAUCAGACCCGAGCAACUUCUGGCUCUUGUUUUCAAUCAGGGUGCAAGUCAAGUUAGCCUGGAAUUACUGAGGCCAGCACGCUGAGCCUGAACAA